GCGGUCGUGUCAUAGCAUGGCGCGCGAAAAACGUUAAUAAACAAUAAAAAAUUACGCGCCGUUUUAUCAAAAACUGUGUGUGUCAGUGAUUAACUAUAAUGAAUACUUAUUUGUUUAUUUAAAAAGGUGGUUUAUUUAGUGUUAUUUAUGGACUAUUGCGUGUAAAAGAUUACAAUGGACGAUGCUCGUUUCGAAGAAGCGCCAAUCAAAAAGGUAACAACCCGUUACGACUACCGCGCGCCCCGAAGGUUGGACCAAUUGGACGAGAUUGGACAAAACUUGGAACUGCUGGGGAAAAAGGUUGGCCAAAGGUUUGAAAAUAAAGUUGGGCCAAGUAACUUGGAUACUAUAAGUUUUGAGAGCGAAAAACUGAAAACUAGCCAUAGCGAGAGUUCUUCAAGACGGAACAGCGAUGAUGGGGGACGAGCUGAAGGACUUAGAACUGACGGGACCAGCUCAGAGCCUCCGACAGCAAGCGUUACAAACUUCAACGCGUGGGGAGAACUCAACAGUUCCACCUCCACAACUCGCACCGAACUCAGUCUAUCGGAUGGAGGAGAUGAACAGACCACGAAAACCCGUCGCCGAAGUCAUGAGUCUGCUCUGCCAGGAACUCCGAUGCACCAGCGAGCUCCAUGGAAAUCAGUUGACAGUUUGGUUCCUGAGUCGGCGUUUGGAACUUCCCUGGCUGAUAUUAUGGAAAGCCCUGCUAAUAAGAACAUGCCGUUCGGUAGCUACGAUGACAAAAAGGUCCACCUUCGAGAUGACAUCAAGUCCAUUCGUUCAGACAGUUCAGAAGAGAAGAAGUCGAAAGGUUGGAGGUUUGUGAGAAAUGUGACCUCAGCUGCCGGCGCCUUUACUGCAAAGCCCAAGGAUGCUUCCACGACGUUGCCAGGAACUCCUCAACCAAGUUUCCAGUCAAAGCCGGACAGCAAAAAUUCUGACUACGGGAAAGAUGACAAGAAACCGUCCAUGCCAAUCUAUCCAAAUGAAAAAGAAGAAAAUGUGGGAGAAACUAACUCAGAAGGUCUAGAACCAGAAUCUCUAUUUUUCCGUGACGGGAGAAGAAGAAUAGACAUGGUGUUGGCGUAUGAAGAAGAAGAUUAUGGAGUUAUGACAGAGAAUGAAGCGAGAAAGAGAGAGUACAGGAGAACAUUCCAAGAAAACCUAGUGAAAGAAGGUCUAGAAUUAGAAUUAGAAAAUAAAUGUUUAUCCUUUGAUGAAAAGACAUGGUUCCUCAAGAUCCACAUACCGUGGAAGACAGAAAUGAGGCUGGCGGAGGUGAUCGGCAUGAAGCUGCCUACGAGACGAUUUAUUACAAUAUCAGUAAGAGCAUGGAGUGAUGAAAAACAAGCUGAGAAGGAUAAGCACUGGUAUUCAAAAUGGCGCCGGCGGUGGAAACAAUUGUAUGAAUACGAACAUACUAGAAUUACUCCAGAACCGUCUUUCUAUGGAGCCGCUGAAGAACGUGGAGCGAGACGGGAGGAAAUAUUCCUAGUCAAAGACCGGCACACACAGUUCUCGCCUGCACAGAGAAGUCUACUAGUCAUGCAAAUAUUACUACGAGCUAAAUAUGAUAACAACGAAACUAAGAUGGGAAUCCGACGUCUCUUAAACGAUGGAACUUACACAGCGUGCUUCCCACUGCACGAAGGCAGAUAUGAAGUUAACAUGUCAGAUGGGACCGUUACUGAUAGAAGACUAUUAUAUCUAGAAUGGGCUCGUCCAGCAAAAUGGUAUAAGAAGCAACCUCUUUGGCUAGUCCGAAGGUAUUUCGGUGAUAAGAUCGGCCUCUAUUUCUGCUGGUUGGGGUUCUACACAAAGAUGCUGUAUGCCCCAGCUAUAGUUGGCACCCUCUGCUUUCUAUACGGAUUGGCUAGCAUGGAUUCUGAAGAUAAUAUUCCUAGCAAGGAGAUCUGUGACAGCAAAGGGCCAGGCAACACGACUCUCUGUCCGCUCUGUGACAAGGCCUGCCAAUAUCAGACCCUAUCAGACUCCUGUCUCUUCGCCAAGCUGACCUACCUCUUCGACAACCCUGCUACCGUCUUCUUCGCCAUAUUCAUGUCUUUUUGGGCGACAACAUUCCUUGAGCUUUGGAAACGUAAGCAGUCGGUGUUACGAUGGGAGUGGGAUAUGGGCGGUGUUGACCAGGACGAAGAUCCACGACCAGAAUUCGAGGCUUCAGUUAAAACAUUCCGAACCAAUCCAGUGACGAGAGAGAAGGAGCCAUACCUACCCAACUGGCAGAAGACAGUCAAAUAUGUAGCUAGCAGUUCUGCUGUGUUAUUCAUGAUCGCGAUAGUUAUGGGGGCUGUACUAGGCACCAUUAUCUACAGAAUAUCAAUGGUGUCUGUUAUCUACGGAGGCACGGGAAUCUUCAUCCAACGCCACGCCAAGAUCUUCACCACCAUGACUGCUGCCAUCAUCAAUUUAAUCAUCAUCAUGAUUUUGACUAGGAUAUACGCAAAAAUUGCAGUAUACCUGACCAACAUGGAGAAUCCAAGGACACAGACGGAAUACGAAGACUCUUACACCUUCAAGAUAUUCUUCUUCGAGUUCAUGAACUUCUACUCUUCUCUCAUCUACAUUGCCUUCUUCAAAGGCCGUUUCUACGACUACCCAGGCGAUGAUCAAGCGAGAAAAUCAGAAUUUUUCAAGCUCAAAGGAGACAUCUGCGACCCGGCCGGCUGUCUGUCCGAGCUGUGCAUACAACUGGCAAUUAUUAUGAUCGGCAAACAAUUCGUCAACAAUUUCGUCGAACUCGGAUACCCGAAAUUCCACAACUGGUGGCGACAAAGGUCUCAUAGAGCGGUGACGAGGGACCUCAGUAAGCCGCACAUGGCUUGGGAACAAGACUAUCAUUUACAAGACCCAGGGAGGCUGGCGUUGUUCGACGAGUACCUGGAGAUGAUUCUCCAAUAUGGCUUCGUGACAUUGUUCGUGGCAGCGUUCCCUCUCGCACCCCUGUUUGCGCUGCUCAACAAUAUCGCAGAGAUACGACUGGACGCUUACAAAAUGGUCACGCAGGCCCGCAGGCCUUUAGCUGAGAGGGUCGAAGAUAUUGGAGCUUGGUACGGUAUUUUAAAAGGAAUCACAUAUGCUGCUGUUGUGUCAAAUGCCUUCGUGAUAGCGUACACCAGUGACUUUAUACCGCGAAUGGUGUACAAAUACGUGUAUUCUCCUGAUAAUACUUUGGCUGGAUAUAUUGAUCAUUCCUUGUCUCUAUUCAACACAUCAGACUACCAAGAAGAUUGGGGGGCUGAUGAGAACGAGGUAGACCCUCCAGUAUGUGCCUAUCGAGGAUACAGGAACCCUCCAGACCAUGCUGACCCCUACGGCUUAUCUCCUCAUUAUUGGCACGUGUUUGCAGCUCGACUGGCGUUUGUUGUUGUUUUUGAGCACGUAGUCUUCGGCCUAACAGGUUUGAUGCAGCUCUUCAUACCCGAUGUACCGAGUGAGUUACGGACUCAGAUGCAAAGGGAGGCUCUUCUGGCUAAAGAAGCGAAGUAUGAACAUGGACGGAGAAGGUUGUCUACCGAGUACCGUCAAUUAUUGACGCAGAAGAGCGAGGGUGGAUCUGAAAAGCCUACAGGUGGAGCUUGGCUUCGACGAGCAUCCCGAGCUUCAGAUGUCCUCGACGCACACAUAUCAGUUUCCCAAAGACCCACUUCACCUCGAAUAGUUCACUGACAAAGGUUUCAUUAGUUUUCUAAUACUAAUUUGGUCAAAAUUAAACUAGUUUGAUAUUUUUGUAUUAUAAAUUAUAACU